GGGGCUGCCCGCACUGGCCAGCCAGCUCCCUCCGGCCCUGGUGUGUCCCCCGCGGGCAGCGUCCUUUGGUCCGCCCGCCCCUCGCACCCGGCGCCACCAUGGAGGCCAUCAAGAAGAAGAUGCAGAUGCUGAAGCUGGACAAGGAGAACGCCUUGGACCGGGCUGAGCAGGCUGAGGCAGAGCAGAAGCAAGCCGAGGAGAGGAGCAAACAGUUGGAAGAUGAGCUGGCCGCUAUGCAGAAGAAGCUGAAAGGGACGGAAGACGAGUUGGAUAAGUAUUCAGAGGCUCUCAAAGACGCGCAGGAGAAGCUGGAGCUGGCGGAGAAGAAGGCGGCGGACGCCGAGGCGGAAGUGGCAUCCCUGAACCGCCGCAUCCAGCUGGUGGAGGAAGAGCUGGAUCGGGCCCAGGAGCGUCUGGCGACGGCCUUGCAGAAGCUGGAGGAGGCGGAGAAAGCUGCAGAUGAGAGUGAAAGGGGCAUGAAGGUCAUUGAGAACAGGGCCCUGAAAGAUGAGGAGAAGAUGGAGCUGCAGGAGAUCCAACUGAAGGAGGCCAAGCACAUUGCUGAGGAGGCCGACAGGAAGUAUGAGGAGGUUGCCCGGAAACUGGUCAUCAUAGAGGGAGAUCUGGAGCGUACCGAGGAGAGGGCUGAGCUGGCCGAGUCUAAAUGUUCAGAGCUGGAAGAGGAGUUGAAGAAUGUCACGAACAACCUCAAGUCCCUUGAGGCUCAGGCUGAGAAGUAUUCUCAAAAAGAGGACAAGUAUGAAGAGGAGAUCAAGAUCUUGACUGACAAACUCAAGGAGGCUGAGACCCGGGCCGAGUUUGCCGAGAGGUCGGUCGCCAAACUGGAGAAGACCAUUGAUGAUUUGGAAGAUGAGCUGUAUGCCCAGAAACUGAAGUACAAAGCCAUUAGCGAGGAACUGGACCACGCCCUCAAUGACAUGACCUCCAUAUAAACUGAAGUGCACCAAAGAAGAGCAUCUCUGCACGCAAAGGAUGCUGGACCAGACCCUGCUAGACCUGAACGACAUGUAGAAGGACCCCCUUCCCUCCAGCCAGGCUCACCUUGCCUUUCCCCCACUGUGGCCGCCCUCCCCCCCACAGGCCAGCUCUGUCUUGAGAAGUUGACCUCUAACCCGGGGAGGGGAAGCAUCAAAAGUUAACCUUUUCUCUCCCUCCCCACCCCCAACCAUCACUUGUGUUGCCAACUUUAACCAAAAGCCGCCUCUUCUGCCAACUCACCCCAAGGUUUACAGGCGGCUGGGCUGAAUGAACCACCAGCAGCGCCAUUAAAGGGGGGGUGGGAUCUGGACGUGGCAGAGUACUGCUUUGGGGGGGGGCGUAUCCAAGAUGUACACUUCUUUGUAACGAUAAUUGUGAGGUGUGUGUUUUCGGGUAGCGGCCCUUGUGGACAUCGUGUGUAACUCCAGCAUUUGUAAGCUGUCGGCUUUCAGGCUUGUAACUUCGCCCCCGCUUUCCUUUUCCUGUGGCACAUGGGCUCUCUUUAGUCCCAUCGGGCUUUUUGGGAUAGCUUGAUCUCCUUGCCUCUGACCCUUGCUUGUGGGAACACCGUAAGUGUUCUGACCUUGCCUAGCUGGAUGCAUCCCUGUCUCCCCAUGGAAUUGGUUAGGGGGAGAAGGCGUGACGUUCCGUCUACUGGCCUAGGAAUCUCACUUUCACCCGGGGUGUGGGCCUUAGGGUUAUGUGUCUCUUGCCAAAAAAGCUCCAGUCUUAACUCAUGUGCUUUAAGGGCGUCUUGAAGGAGAAAGCUGUAUCAAAAUUAUCAAGUCUGUUUUUUAUUUUUAUUUUUUGAGAUCCACUUUCUCAGUCAAGUCUUUGCACCCAGUUAACUAACAAAGGAACAGCUCCACAGCCUCUUCCAUUAUAACCACCAAGUGUCCCCCCCACCAGGCUUAGCUUGUGCUGUGCUUGCUAGAACUGUGUUGCUUUUGGAGGGGUGGGGAGGGUGCAACUCUGCGAGAGGUGAGGGGUUUCCUCCCCCUUCGGGUUGUCCUGUAUAGGAAGUGGGUACCAACUACUACCAUGCUUUCUCUGCUGUUUCACUGUUGGGAGACUUGAUCGUUCAAGGGGGUGGUUUCUUUGGGCUGGGGUUUCUUUCUCUUCUUCUUCUUUAUUUUUUUUUUUUGCAUUUUUGUAAACCUCCUGGGCCUCGGAGGAAGUGUGUAUGCUGCGGUGGCUUUUAGGGGCCAGUGUGGAGAAAUGAGAAACCAUAUCAAGUGUUUUGAUACUAAAAAAAAAAAUCCUUGGUCUUUUAUUGUCUUUUUUGGAAAUAAACAAAGCAUUCCCUCUGUU